AUGGCUGCAGACUACUGCCAACAACUGCUGUCGGCACCAAAGUAUGUGCAGCAGGAGUUGUGGCGGUGCAAUUUGGCAUAUUGUGACCUGGACGAGGCCGAUGCUCAGUUUGAGGAGUUUCUCCAGGAUUGCAUCCGGCCGGAACUCCACUACAUCCUAUCCCAUGUAGACUAUGUUUCUGGCUACUGGGUUCUCGAAAGCUCUCCGCCUGAGCUGACCAAAAUCUUUAAAGAGAAUGCUGCAAAUAGGUUGGUUGGCCGGGUUCGGCUUUUGCACGAGUCAGAACCGUUGUCAGAGUCUUAUGCUGCGGUCGUGGAAGUUUCUUUUCGUGGUACCUAUCGCAUAGCAAAUUGGAUGACCAAUGUCACAACCUACCUUGUGCCCACGGCUGUGGGCCGGCAAAAGGGAAAGGUGCACCUUGGGUAUCAGACAGCUUAUUUGACGUUCCGGGAAGAGCUCCUGAAGAAGAUUUUUGAUGACCUAGCUGGUCUUGAAAUACAAGCGGGCGCAACAGUGCUGGUUCGAGUGAGUGGGCAUAGUCUUGGCGGUGCAAUAGCUACUUUGUUUGCGUACGAUCUGUCUCAGAGUGCUGGUCAUGUCUGGGAAAUUCGCUGCGUAACUUUUGGAAGUCCGCGCAUUGGCAACGCAGAAUUCGCCAACGAUUGCUAUGAAGCAGUGCCCCGAAUGGCUCGGUACAUUAACAAGAUGGACCUGCCCUCGAGCUUGCCUGCAAACAAGCAAGACCCCUACGACAACAGCAAGAGAGUAAGCUCUCUCUUGGCCGCUCUCUCGUCGUCGAUGCAGAGUGCUAUGAAGGCUUCUGACUAUCAGCAUGUGUGCCCGUGUCUGAUUUUGGACCCGUCAACUAGCAGCAAGCUGUAUACAAUCAUUGCUGGAAUGGAAGUUGCAGUGCUCGCGAAGGAGGGUUUGAGUGAAGGCAUCGCAGAGCACGUUCUCCGCCCACAUUAUAUUGCAGGCUAUGUGGAAAGUCUUGGGGCAGCCCUGGAGUCGGCAAAAGAGUUGGACAACUCUUGGGCCAAGCUUCCUUCGGUCGGCACGUGGCUGAUGUACCCCGUUGAGACUGAGGCGCCUCCCCCACACUUCCUGAAAGUCAGCUCCGAAACUCAAGAUUUCUUGAGGUACGGCGCUUCUUUGUUAUCCGAUUUCAGGGGCCGGGGGCCAAAGGUUCUGAUCGACUUGCAUGAUCACAUCGGCGGCUACACCAAGCAGCAACUGGCAGCACUGGGAGUGGAACCUGACAGAUUUGAGAAGGUUCCUCUGGAAACGGUCUUGAAAUCAAGCCCGCAGCUUCUUCACACGGAAGAAGGCCGCGAGUUGCUCAGGCGUGCUCAAGAACAACUUAUGACGAUGCUGCCUAUGCUGGCACUGGCUGCACACGAUGAAGAGUCCCCGCAGUCUCAGUCAUCGAAGCAGAUCCUCGCGCAACUGGAGAAGAGUGGCGUGGCUGCAAAAUUGCUCACUUGGAGUCGGGAACAGAUCAGAGCUGCUGAAUCCGACCCAGAGCGACUGCGAAACUGCCUGUCGUCUUUCAACAUAUCAAGCUUGACCGAUUUGGGGGCGGACAUGCUUUCGACGAGCUCUGCUCGCCUCCGUACGGCAAAGGAACAGUGCCUUGAGAUUCUCUACAGCGAGGCAACACGGGACCACCUGCGUGCCGCUGGCAUCACCCUGGAUGAUGAAGGAGGAGUACCCCUGGAGCAAGUCUUGUCAAAGGGACAAGACCUUUUGAAAACAGAGGAAGGCCGGGAAGUUCUUCGCACUGCCCAGUCGCAGGCACUCAGCUUGCUGGCUGUUCUGAAUGCCCAAGCGAAAGGAACUAGUCUCAAUGCGCAGGCCAAGGACUUCUUGCAGGAGUUGAAAGGGAGCGAGCAAGGUGAUGCGCUCAUAGCUUGGGGCCAGAAGACGCUAGCGGCGGCGCAAGAAGAUCCCGAAACACUACAAGGUCUUCUCACAUCCCUCGACUUUUCCGACACCAGCACUUGGACACUGCAGUGCCAAGAGCUGCUGGCAACGGGGGCCAAAGGCUUGGGCUUGACCUUCGAGAAUGGUGUUCUCAAAUUGGAUGGGCUCAUCGAGAAGGGCCAGAAGUACAUCGAGUCGGACACCGGCACGGAGUUCCUCCGAGAAGCGCAGAAGAAAGCCUUGAACCUCACCAAGCUGGGUCUUCUGGAGCAGGCCAGUGGCUAUAUCAAGGACCUGGAGAAUUGCAGCGAGACCAAGAACAGCAGACAGCUGCUGGAGAGUGGCCGCGCAUUGCUGGCAUCCGCUGAAGAAGACCCGGAUGCAUUGAAGAAAUGGCUCGCCUCAAUCGAGGCAUCUCAAGCAAAUGACUGGCAGCAAUGGGGAAGCCAACUUGUUGCCAACAAUGAUGGCAAGCGUGACGAGCUCAUGAAGACCGUGUCUGAGGCGUGUUCAGACUUUCUGUCUGAACAGCUGCACAUCAUCAAGGUGCCAAGGAUUGAAAGUGGCCCUGACGCGACACCUGACUAUUAUUACUGCAUUGACAACAUUGACUUGUCGUCGUGCUCUGUGCAGAAGGAAGGGUUCAGAAUAGACCUGAAGUCGCCAAGUGGGCACGGUGAGACAGGCUCAGCAAGCGCACCAAGCACGCAAGAGAGCUCGACUGCAGGCAGCCUGGCUACGCCGCAAAGCGCAGACGAGAUCCUCCGGGUCACUGCAAAGGAUAUGAAGGAAUUGAAGUGGCAGUAUGAGCAGAAACAUUUUCCUUACCUUCGCGGGCACGGCACCGCGAACACAGUUGCCCAUGGUGCUCAAAUCGUUCUGGCGUUUGAGCUUCGAUCCGCCAAGGUCAAUGGAUGCCACGUGCCGCGCCUCGCCCUUGCUUGCAGCGAAGUGGUCAUUGACAAAUUAGUUCUGAGCUUCAAGGAGUCAAGCUUUAGCUGGCUGUACAACACGAUCGGAUAUCUCUUCCAAGAUGCAGUUCGGGACUAUGUGGUGUCCAGCCUUGGGGAUGCAUUGAAGGCCAACAUGUCAUCAUUGCUUACGCCGCUGAACCGAUACGUUCAUCCAUAUUGGCCAGUGGUGCUUUCAACCGUGGCCAUUCCUGUCGAGCAGCUGCCGAGCCUUGGAGUGGAGGAAUACACGGUGGAGCUAGGCUUGGAGACUGAAGAGGCACUUGGUGGCGACUUUGUAGACUCAGAAGAUGGACUCAUGAUCAUUGAAAUGGAGGAGGGAGGCCCGCUACACCGCUGGAACCAAGAUGCCCCAGCAGAGCGCAAGGUUGGACUGCGGGAUGUGCUGUUCGACGUGGAUGGCAAGGUUGGUGACGAGAUGAUCCAAGCGCUUGACAAACGGCCAGUCAAGGAGAUGACGUUUCGGCGUGCUGACAAGGUGAGCAAGGAAGCUGAAGCUGACCCCCCAUGUGACACUUUGGACGACUUCCUCAAUGGCACCCUCGGUUAA